UCCGUCAUUGCGUGCCAGCAGAUCGAUCGAUAAAACGCGGGCGUGAAGUAAAUAGCACAACUCCAUAAAUAAAAGUAAAAUAUUAAAAUAUAUUAUAGUUCAGAUAAAAAUAAGAAAACUCCUAAGUAAAAGUGUGUUGAGGUUGAAAAUAUUUAAACAAAAAAGUAUCUAAAUGAUGAGCGCUCGCUCUGUGUCGCCAAAAGUGCUGCUAGAUAUUAGCUACAAGCCCACGCUGCCCAACAUCAUGGAGUUGCAGCACAACGUCAUCAAGCUGAUCCAGGUGGAGCAGCAGGCCUACAUGCAGUCGGGCUACCAGCAACACUCCAUCAUGCAACAGCAUCAGCAGCAACAGCAGCAGCAGGCGCCCCAGUACGCCCCACUGCCCUCGGAGUACGCAGCCUACGGGAUCACCGAGCUGGAGGACACCGACUACAAUAUACCCAGCAACGAGGUACUGAGCACCAGCAGCAAUCAGAGUGCCCAAAGCGCCAGCCUGGAGCUGAACAACAACAACACGAGCAGCAACACCAGCUCCAACAACAACUUUGAUCCCCAGAACGGAAAUGGAAACGGUUCUGCCUGGAACGAGCACGGAAAGCGGGCCAGGAGCAGCGGAGACUACGAUUGCCAAACUGGAGGAUCUCUCGUCAUGCAGCCCGAGCAUAAAAAGCUCAUCCACCAGCAGCAUCAGCAGCAACAGCAACACCAGCAGCAGCAACACAUUUACGUAGACUAUCUGCCCACCACUGUGGAUGAAGUGGCUUCGGCUCAAGCUUGUCCUGGAGUCCAGAGCACCUGCACCUCGCCCCACUCCCACUUCGACUUCCCCGACGAAGAACUGCCCGAGCACAAGAACCAAGUAUUCCUGCCACUCUACACCAACCAGCAGCAGCAGCAGCAACAGCAGCAGCAAUCCCAGCAGCAGCUUCAUCAGCAAUCUCAGGCUCAAAUGCACUUCCAGGCGGCCUACCGCCAAAGCUUCGAGGGCUACGAGCCGGCCAACUCUCUGAACGGCAGUGCCUACUCCAGCUCGGAUCGGGACGAGAUGGAGUACGCCCGCCACACGGCUCUGAGUUCCGUCAACGAUAUGAACGGCGGCAUGUCCCCGGCCUGCCUGGCGGACGAUGGGAGCGCAGGAAGCCUGCUCGACGGCUCGGAUGCCGGCGGAAAAGCCUUCCGGAAGCCGCGACGGCGGCUGAAGCGGAAGCCCAGCAAGACGGAGGACACCGACGAGUUCAGCAACCAGCGGGUGAUGGCCAAUGUGAGGGAGCGCCAGCGGACCCAAAGCCUGAACGAUGCCUUCAAGGCGCUCCAGCAGAUCAUACCGACGCUGCCCAGCGACAAGCUCAGCAAGAUUCAGACCCUCAAACUGGCCACAAGAUACAUCGAUUUCCUGUGCCGUAUGCUCAGCUCGAGUGAUAUCUCCCUGCUAAAGGCCUUGGAGGCCCAGGGAUCGCCCUCGUCCUACGGCUCGGCCAGUUCCCUUCUGAGUGCCGCCGCCAAUGGAGCCGAGGCCGAUCUCAAGUGCCUGCGCAAGGCCAACGGCGCCCCCAUCAUCCCGCCCGAAAAGCUGAGCUACCUUUUCGGAGUGUGGCGCAUGGAGGGCGACGCCCAGCACCAGAAGGCAUAGCUACCCACCGGACUAUAGCUUUGGCCGAUCCGGAACCCGGGGCUUCCAGCUGCAACUAUCUUGUGAAUUCCAGAGCACCAGUCGCUCUCACUCUUCAGUUCUCUGUCACUCUUUCCAUUAUGCGUGUCGACUAGUUGUCUAAGCCAAACCUUAUGAUUAAAGCCUAUUUAAUUUUAUAGUCUAUUACUAUGUUAAACUAAAUUAAUUGUAAAAACAAAAACAAGCCAAGAAACAAUGAAAAAAAACGCAAA